AGGAGGAGCCUGCGGCUCUGCGACCAGUCUGAGCUGAACUUUAGCGCAGCUUCUGAAAUCUGCAGCCAUGGCACAGGAGCAACAAGAGGUCGCCCCAGCUACCCCAGCAAAGAAAGCCACCAAGGCAGCAGGCAGUGCCAAGAAGGCUACCAAAAAGAAAAACCAGCCUGGAAGGUACAGCCAGUUAGUGGUGGACACCAUCAGGAAGCUGGGCGAGAGAAAUGGAUCCUCCCUGGCCAAAAUCUACAGCGAGGCUAAGAAGGUAUCCUGGUUUGACCAGCAGAAUGGACGCACCUACCUCAAGUACUCCAUCAAGGCUCUGGUCCAGAAUGACACCUUGCUCCAGGUCAAGGGAAUUGGGGCCAAUGGAUCCUUUAGGCUCAACAAGAAGAAGCUGGAGGGUCUCCCCGCUGAGAAGAAGGCUGCGCCCGCUAAACCAGCAGCCAAGAAGAAGGCAGCGCCUGCCAGCACUCCUAAAAAGAGCCACAAGAAGGCAAAGCCAGCCAAGAAGUCCACCAGCGCCAAGUCACCAGCCAAGAGCCCCAAAAAGACGACAGCCAGCAGGGCAACCAAGAAGGUGAAGAAGGCUACAAAGCCCAGAGCACUCAGAGCCAAGAAGGCAUAAAAAGGACUAUAUAGACUUUGUAUAUACCAUGCAGCCGCCCAUCUUCAUUUCCAAAUCCAUCUCUUCCAUUUACGAUGAUUCUUAAAGGAACUUUUAUAUAUUUGACUGCAUUUUAUUUUCUUUAUUGACUUUAAUCAAUGUUCACUUUUAAUAGAAUGCAUUUAGGUAUUGCUUCCAAUGCGCAGCUGUAGGGUUCCAUCGUUUUAUAUGGGACUCUUUGCACCAGAUUUGUUUUUUGUUUUUAAAUCCAUUCCCCAGCUCAGUUUAGAAAGGGUAAACUCGCUUUGCUUUAGGACAUUAUUUCCUGCUAAAUCAUGUUUUAAACAUAGAGCAUAUAAUAACGUUAGACUUUACAGGGAAAGGGUUAAAUGCUAUGUUUUCUGCAUGUUUUAUUUUUGUGUUUUUUUAAAGAUACAUAUUUUCUUAAAGCAAUUCUGUACUCACGGUAUAACUUAGUUGUACUGGUGUUUUGAAUUAAAACUAUUCAUCUUUGAAAA